AUGUUUAGUGUCACUUUUAGGAGCUGCCCGGGACUGGGGUUAUAGUGAGGGAGUUGACAGCAGUCGGGGCAACAGCUUGAGACUUGUAAACUUUUUUUUAAAAUUUUUUUGUGCAUUUUUAUUUAAGAGGGUUUAAAAAGAAAGGCAAAGAUUUUUUUUUUUCCCAACGUUUUUUAUCCUUUUCAUAGCACAACAGGAUAUUUCGGUGUGUCGGAUCCGAUUCAAAACGGCAUUAUAAAUGGUUUUUAAAUGUUUCUGUGCAUGGCUGUGUUGCGGUGAUCAGGAAGUCGGCGUGGUGGUACAAUCGCUGUAGUAGUAUUGAGAAAAUUACGUUUCUCGACUUUUACCACCAAAUAAAAGCUACUGCAUAAGCGCUUAUAUAACUACAUUUAAAUUUUAUAAAAAUAAUACAAACAUAAAACUCUUUUUUUUGUUCUGCUUUAGUUUUAUUAGGCUACUGUUUUUGUAAUGUUAAAACUAUAGGGUAAAGUAUUUGACGCUAUUCUUUUUUAAAUAUUUGUUCAGUUUUUGUUUUUCACAGAUAAUAAAAUAAAUAAAGUUAAUUCAUUCAUUAUGUUUUAGAUGAUCGCAAUACCACAAACGGUAUUUUAUCGUUGUUAAUUUACAGACAGGCUAGCGUCACCAAAGUUAAACUCGGGAGAGAUGGAUUUCAGUAUCGGGGUCGAACGGACCUUAUCUUGGCGAAACUGAUUUCAUUUUCUCGUCCAGUUUUGGAUUUUUUGGGGGGAGGGGGAGAGAGAGAGAUUUAUUAUAUUUUUAUAUAUUUUUUAAAAAAUGUAUUAAAAGCAAGCAUCGAAGAAUUUCAAAACGGAUUUCUCUGUUUACGUUUUCUUGCUUUCUACUGAAAAAAACAAAGAGAAUCGUUGGAUUUGUCAAGAGAUCCGAGACAAAAGGAAUUAAGACUGAAUUAAAAAUCUCGUAAUUUCAAAGGCUGGAUUAAUAUCAGGACGGACACCUCGCCUUUUUCACUUCGUCAAAACGGAUCAGCAUCACCUCGCAAAAUAAAAAAUAAAAUCUCAGACAGAAAACAAAAAAGGCUGCUACACGUUUUAUGAACCAUAAAAGCGCUGCUAGAUAGUAUGGCAAUGGUAGUGAAUUCUUGGCAAGAAGGCAUCUCCGCGGGUCCCGGCUCCCUGCUCCCAGCCCCCGCCCCACACUGCGGCCAGGAUACCGCGGGGACUCCCAUCCAAACCCCGGGCACCCCGCCUGUUUCCACGCCGGGCAAUGACUCCAAUUCCGGGGACAAGACCCCCAAUGUCGACUGCAUGGUGUGCGGGGACAAGUCGAGCGGCAAGCACUACGGACAGUUUACCUGCGAGGGCUGCAAGAGCUUUUUCAAGCGCUCCGUGAGGCGGAACCUGAGCUACACCUGCCGGGGAAACCGAGACUGCCCCAUCGACCAGCACCACCGCAACCAGUGCCAGUACUGCCGCUUCAAGAAGUGCCUCAAAGUCGGCAUGAGGAGAGAAGCUGUCCAGCGUGGCCGGAUGUCCAACUCCCAGACCAGCCCAGGACAGUACCUGACCAACGGCAGUGACCCCUACAAUGGUCAGGCCUACCUGUCAGGGUUCAUCUCCCUUCUCCUUCGGGCCGAGCCGUACCCCACCUCCCGCUACGGGACCCAGUGCAUGCAGACCAACAACCUGAUGGGCAUCGAGAAUAUCUGUGAGCUAGCGGCCCGGCUGCUCUUCAGCGCUGUGGAGUGGGCGAAAAACAUCCCCUUCUUCCCAGACCUGCAACUCGCAGACCAGGUGUCUCUGUUGCGGAUGACCUGGAGCGAGCUGUUUGUCCUGAACGCCGCGCAGUGCUCCAUGCCCCUCCACGUGGCCCCCCUGCUGGCCGCCGCCGGCCUCCACGCCUCCCCCAUGCCCGCGGACCGGGUUGUGGCUUUCAUGGAUCACAUCCGGGUCUUUCAGGAGCAGGUGGAGAAGCUCAAGACCCUGCAGGUGGACACGGCCGAGUAUUGCUGCCUGAAGGCCCUCGUUCUCUUCACCUCCGACGCAAUGGGCCUCUCUGACAUGGCGCACGUGGAAAGCAUCCAGGAGAAGUCCCAGUGUGCUCUGGAGGAGUACGUGCGGAACCAGUACCCCAGCCAGCCCAACAGGUUCGGACGGCUGCUCCUGAGGCUGCCCUCCCUGCGCAUCGUCUCCUCCCCCGUCAUCGAGCAGCUGUUCUUCGUGCGGCUGGUGGGGAAGACCCCCAUCGAGACCCUCCUGAGGGACAUGCUGCUCUCGGGAUCCAGCUUCAAUUGGCCCUACAUCCCCAUGCAGCGAGACCGGGACCGGGCCCUGGGGCUGCAUUACAACGAGACAGGCCACUGAUACCAGGCCAGACCGUCCGAACAGAACUGGGACCACCGCCUUGGGACUGCGUAGGCAGAGAGAGGCACGGAAACACGCGGGCAUCACAGACAGGACGGGGAGGAAAGCUAAGCACAGACGCUACGUUCUUGAGUUUUUGAACCCUUUCGGUAUGGUUGCGAAUGAGAGACAGGUUCCGGCAUCGUGCAGUUUUUUUUAUUUUUUUGUUUUGUUUUGUUUUUAAUCAAAGGAUACCGGAUUGUGGGGGCGGUGGGGUGUGGAAUGUAUAUAGAAAUGUAUAUUAUAUUAAAAAAAAAAAAAAAAAAAAAAAAUCAAACCUCUUUUUAAUUGGUUUGCAGCCUAAACCAAAACCUUUCAACCGGAACUUUUAAACAGUAUGAUCUGAAACAGGAAACUCCGACAGAACCCCACCAGGGGUAUUUGGAAAUGGCUUUUAAAACAAAUAUUUUAUUUGACUUUGUUUCAUUGCAUUUUUAUAACGCUUGUAUCCCGUGAAAGUUUCAAGACACAAACAAACUUAUUACAUCUUCCUUUGCAAAAUACCUUAUAACUCCUGUCAAUAUUAAACCCAUCUUCAAUAAUAACAAUAAUACUACUACUACUAAUAAUAAUAAUAAUACAAUUAUUAUGUACAGUAAUGACAAAAAAUAACAGUUAUGUAUUAAAAUUACAGUAAAAAAAAAAAAGAAAUACUACCUAUUAUUGGAAUGCAUAACCAGUGGGGACUUUUUUUGCAGAGAUGUUUUUUUUAAUAGAAAAUGUGAAUCUCAACUUGAACACUAAAUGCUUGGACGUUGCAACACCAUCUGGGCAUCAUUUCUAGCUUUAUGCUUAUCUUAUGAGCCAUCAGUAGGAGGCAUCUAUAUUGCCACAUUCAAGUUCCCUGACGUCUCUUACAGUUGCUGUUGAUGUCAAUUUAACAAUGAUAGAAAUCAUAUUGCAUGGCACUAGAGCAGGGGUGUCCAAUCAAUCAAUCAAUCAAUCAAUCAGUCAAUCAAUCAAUCAAUCAGUCAAUCGCAGUCCUGGGGGACCGUUAUUCCAGGUAAAAUGAGAUUGUGAACGACUUCAGGGUCUGGAUGGAUGGAGGUUUAAUUAACUGGUUCAAUUAAACAACUUUAUAGCACAGGGUUUGAAACACAGAGCAGGAGUGAAAGGGGACCGCUUUGGAGACGCCUCUUGCACUGUCUAGAUAUAGCGCUGCCGUAUUUAUGGCGGCGCUGUAAUUACUGAUUUCAUUCUAAACUGUCAUUAAGGAAGGUUCUGUUCAGAUCUGUUUUAAAGUUAUGGGGAGGGGGGAGGGGUUAAUGAAAAUCCCUCUGCCUUUAUUAAGAUUUCUGCAACCCCCCCGCCCCUUUCAAAUGUGUGUGUUUUGCAAAGUAUGUUUGAGUGAAAAUGCUGGUUUGUCUGCAAAUGGAAAAAAAUAUCUUUUCUGUGUUUUGCAAAAGCGGUGUAAUAAAUAUAUAUUCUUUAUUUGAAA